AUGCGUUGGUAUCAACAAUGGGACGGCACGGUUCAAUCAUUAAACCGAAAAUCAAACGACGGUGGACCACGUACAAUGACACAAGAUCAAGUGAAGCAUUAUCUAUUAGAUUUCAUUACUAUGAUGAAUAGUCAACACAAACCAGUCAAUUAUAAAAUAGUACAAUCACAUAUUGAAGAUUCAUUAGGUCAAAAAGUGCCAUUAAGUGACAUUCAAAGAUAUGGUAAAGAAUGUGAUAUUAAGUGGAGAAAAGUUCAAGAAUUAACGCUACCAGAUAUCGAUGACGAACAUUGGAAUCAGAUUGCUAAAUUUCGAAAGUUUUUACAACGAAUUCACAAUGAUAGACUGGCGUUUAUUGAUGAAAUAGCCAUUUAUGCAGUUAUGCCACCUCGUCAAACACUUGUAGCACCAGGAUAUCAACCAUUAAUUAUUGUCGAGAAACCAUCAGCUCAUGCUCAACGUUAUGAUUUUAUUGGUGCUCUCAAUGGUUCACAAUCGAUCGCUUGUAUGAUUUUGACACCAGCGGAUCGUAAAAAUCGAAAUAUUGACGGUAUUAGAAAAGAAAUAGUGAAUGAAUGGAUCGUCAAAACGCUAGCACCAACAAUUAAUCGAUUAGGUAGUAAUAACAUUUAUUUGAUAUGUGAUAAAAGUUGGUCUCAUAGCAAGGUGAAUAUGAUGGAAGCAUUAAAGACUGGUAAAUGUAAAUCAGUCGUAGAUAUUUGUUACAUGCCAAUAGCAUUAACAAAGUACAUAUCACCAUUAGAUAAUUCAAUUUGUCAUGGAUUCAAAGAAGCUAUUCGAAGUCAAUAUCCAGUGACAACAGCAAAUCUUCCAUCGCUACUUUCAAAAACUUUUUUAUCUUUAUCGCGACGACAGAUCAAGAAUGCAUAUCGUAAAUGCGCCAUUGUACGUGGUACUGAUGUAUAUUAUGAUCGACCGUCUACAUAA